AUGUCUCUGUCUAAUAACAACCCCGAACUUCUAGACAUCGCACGUGGAUCCUUUCACGGUGUAGAAGCAUCAAUAGACAUGAACAUUAACGAGGAUGCUUCGGAUAGAGAUUGGUCAUGGGUGAGCUACGGCCUUCUCGCGUCCACCAGUCCAGUGUCUUCCUAUGUAACUGAGGGUUCACUUCCAUUCGUCAGCCUCCCUGCCCAGUACGUUGCUGAUCAGCACAUGUUGACCGCAAGUGCGUCUCCGAGCACUUCGGCUUCUGUGUCACACCGCACUCGUCUUCCUGGGCUUUUUAGCAGGACCGCGUUUCGCAAUGUGAUGCCUUCGCGCGUUGCACCGUAUCCUGUUUCCAUGCUCAAGCGAACUUCCCACCGGUCUCCAGAUGACGGGUGGGCACCGUUUGACCCCUUCGUAGACUCGCAAAGCGAUUGGGAGAGCAUCGAGAAUGCCUCUGCUAUCCCUAUGACACCUAUGCGUCCGGUGCGCAUCAUGGGCGCCUCUACUAUCUCUAUGACGCCUAUGCAUCCGAUACCCGCGGGAUCAUUCCCACAGGGUAGUACCCGUGCUGUCUGCGAGAGUAUGAUGACCGGAACUUCCUAUCCUACUGCAGCGGCAGGGCCGCCAUACAUUGACUUUCAUAGUAAUCACGCCUUUCGAGAUGUUCCAGCCCCUCCAGUUCCCGAACCUCCCUCAACCUCACGAGCUAUGCUUGCCCCAUGUAUGGAGUGUCGCUGGGAUGGCGGGUGCGGUAUUGGUCUAGAUGACCUGUCGAUGGGCGGUGUGGAACGACAUCUCCGGCAGUUCCAUAUCAACGGAGAAUGGCAUAGACGGGUCAAGGGGAGAUGUCUAUGGCACGAGGGGGGGAAACUGUGCGGUCGCCCGAUGUUGCAAGGCAGCUAUGGGAAGCACAUUUCUUCGACGCACUUCCGGGCCAUGGCCAAGUUUUGUGAUUUUUGUGGCGGGGAGUACGCACGAUCCGAUGUCCUCGCCAGACAUCAGAUGGACCAUUGUCCGAGCAAUCCCGCUCGGCUGUGA